UGAAACUAACCCCACUGACGUUUUGGUUCAUAACAAAACAUCACGUUCUUCUGACCGGUUUUGUAAUCAGUUUUGUGAAUUUGCUGCAAAUUUGUAACGAAAUAUAAUGAAAUUAACGGUGAUUAAUCUGUUCAAAAAAACCGUAAAUGGACACAUCUUCCGCGGGAAAAAUCGCCUGGUCAAACGGGUGACUCCCGGGUCAGUAGAAAUGCUACGUCGCGAUUAUGAGCAAACCGAGCGCAACAUGGCUUUACUGCUGAAGCCCUAUCUAACGUUGGAAGAAUCUUCCGGUCACGCAAAAGAAUUGAACAAAAAAGAGCAAGUCGUCAACAAGUGGCGAGUGCAACAGCUCAAAAUGAAGCCCCAUGUUACGAUUUCAGAGCGGCUGGAUCACCUAAACGUUAAGAAUGUUUGGGAUUAGGAGGACAUUUUUUCUUAUCGAACCAUCAAAGGUUAGUUCUUUGCUUUCUAUCCCUUAUGUAUUGCAUAGUUUUAUUGCGCAGAAUAAGUCAAUAACAUUUAUUUAGACUUCGUUAAAGGUAAAUAGCGAUUAAAUAGAUAUUGAAUUCAACAAA